AUGCAGCCACUUGCAUGUUUGCCCACACUUGCUCUAACCAUCAGCCACAUCUGGAAUUUUAAGCUUGCAUCACUCCUGGUCCAGCCACUUUUGGAACUUCUUAAAAAUCGUUUUGCCAUGUCAGAAAUCCAUAACAACAUGUAUGUCAGCCAACUGCCACGUCCAGCCUACAUCCUGUCGACAUUUGUUGCGCACAAUGUACACGCUGCCUGCCACUCUGCACUGCGUGCUACUGCCUUGUGCUCAAGACUACGCUGCGCUCAUCUCCUCUGCGCUGCAUUAUCUUGUUGUGCUGAUUGCCAUGUCUUGUUGCACUGCUGCCAAGUUUUGCUGCCUACUCCCAACCCAAAACUCACUUGUUUUGACAUUGUCUUGCUUCUCGUGUGCACCUCCCAUGCACCUUUGGCUUACCUUGGCAUGGUGAAAAACAUUAAAACCAUGCCAUGGCCUAUGCCAUUUGCUAAGGGUCUCACAAACCUCCCUCACCACAAGAGUCUGAUGCCCUCAUCGACUUAA